GUAUCUUCAGUGGAAGAAUACUAUGGCAGUAUAACUGUCCUGUCCUCUAUCAGUGGCCUGAUCACCCUCCUUCCUGAUGGAUCCAUCAAAGGCUUAAAUGGAACUUUUUCACACUUUCUGUUUGGAUAUGAUCGAACACAGCUCCUGGGGAAGAAUAUUACAUUUCUGAUUCCUGGAUUUUACCACUACAUAAAAAGUGCGGAAGAAGAGCCAGCCCUGUUGACACCACCUCAGGAUCUACGUGCUCCAGCCAGAUCAUGUGAGGUUCUCUACUCUAGUGUGCCUGCUGCAGAGACAUCUGUACAGAGAUGCAAAUCUGAUGAUCCUUUGGAAGGAGUUCAGCAU